GCCUUAUCCACUGCAGUUUUAUUUACCACGUACAAAACAAGCUUAUCUACAUUAUUAUGUGCUAGAGAACGGCGUGAAGCAAAUGCAACCAUUUCCAAACAAUCACCUACGCUGGUUGAACGUGCAUUAUUUCUGAAUCAUUUUAUCGUCUUAGUGAACCUUGUGUAGUGGAUUUAAGAUCGGUUUUUACUUGGCAAAGCAAUUGAGGAAAAAUGCAUCGAAUGAAUCGUGAAGGUGGUAGCGCUGCUUUCGAAGAGCGCGUUUUGUACGCGAGGAACAAGUUAUUGAAUGGGGCCCGACCAGCUGUGGUCGGUGGGACACCGAUAACCGAAGAGUUGGCGGCCGAACUUCGUGUGACCUGCUUCAGCUCAACUUCAUGUCCUCCUCGUAGUGAAUGGAUUCGCACUCCGUUGGUGAUGCGGCCGCCAGACCAGACCUUGGCCUACGGCUUGGCGGCACCAAGGAAUGGGGCUAGGUCUUUACUGUCUGCUCUGCAAGCACAUAUGAUCAAGUGGCUUCUGUUUGAUUCGAGACCACAGACUAAAGAUAAUAAGUGUGAUGUACCUCCAGACACGUAUCUUCGACCAUCGGAAGAGCGUCAAGAAGAAGCUCUAUGGCGGGCUUGCAGUGAGGUGAUCUGGCGCUGUGCUGGCGGCUACACCAACCAGCCUGGAGUGGAAACGAAGGCUUUGGUGGCUCUGCCCAGUGAAAACAAUUACGUCCAGCAUACCUCACAGUAUUACCAGGAUGGUGUGACUGAGAAGCUGCAUAUUUUCGAAUUCAAGAGCUUGGAGGAUCUUCAAAUAUUUCUGAAGAGGUAUUUGUACUUGUUUCAAAUUGAAGAUGGGAUUGGAGCUCUGCUGUUGUUAUACGCAUGUGUAUUAUCCAGAGGCUGUGAUAAUAUCAAGAAAGAUCUGGACGGCAAGCUGACCCACCUGGUAUCAGCUCAUGUGGAAGGCUCUAUUAACGUGGUGACCUUGCUCUUGACUGGACGAGCUACUCCUUACCUCCAUAAUGGUGUGAUGUAUGUUGGUGAUGAAGAUCAUUACGCUAUGCCUCAAUUCGGUAUUUUAGCUCGUAGUCCCGUUGGGCUCCUGGUGUGGUAUGGAAGCGAAGAGAACUCUAAACAUAACAUUAAUAAGCAAUUUCCUGGAUCAAGGUUGAAGACUCCGGCUUUGCCAAUUUGGGUAACGAGCUGCUCUGGACAUUAUGGAAUUUUAUUCAAUACGAAUCGUGAACUGCUAAGAAACUAUCAUGCUGAACGCAGGUUUGAUAUUCAUUACUAUACCUGUGGCGGUUGUAACGUUUUGCUGAAUGUGGACACUCGGGCUCAUGAUGACGUGGCGGGUCCACUGAGGACUGAUGACAUCAGUGCUACACCACUUGAGAAGCUUAUACAUACGAAAUGGCAAGAUGCGAAAAUCACCUGGACCGGAAACACUCCGUAUGUAGGGGAACCAGCGAACUAAUAUUUAUUUAGGUUAAUUACUUUGCUGCAUGCUUAAAUUAUGUAGUUAUUUUAGGUGACUUCUAGUGAAAAUAAAUAGUAUUAUUAGAAAUUAGUACUAUAGGGCUUUUAUGAAUAAAGAAUGUAGUAUGCCAGA